UUACUGCUCUCCGCGAACCGAGUCUAUAAUAGGCUGGUAUUUCUGUGGUCAUAAUGGGCAUUUUAAGCCUAUAUGUGCAUUGAGGUAUACAUAGGUCUAUAUGCUGGCCAUGCUGUAUAUACAGUGUAGUCCUACAUUGUUGAUAUGUUAUAUAGAGAAAAAAUAUGAUGGUUGGAGGUGAGGGUGGGGAGGGAUGUCAUCGAUCGUCACAAAAUGGUUAAGCCGCUUGUAUGUUAACAGCUACAGGACACAGGAUCGCGUUGUGGGUUCAACCCCGGCCCCGGAAAGGCAAUCUGUUACUUCUGUCGCUCUCACUAUAUUGAGUUGUACAGAACCCUGUGGGCCUACAGUGAGCGGCACGGUAUAAUUGGCGGCAUAGAGCCUUGGCGAUGCCGACAAAACAACGAUUCUGAACCAGCUAAAACUGGGUGAUCCGGAAAAAAAUUUGGCUCGGCUGGGGGCUGACAGUGUAACGAGCAAAAAUGUUGUCUUAACAACAUUGGAUGUGGGUGGACGAUGUAAAAUGAGACCUUUGUACGAGUACUUCUACAAGCAGACGCAUCGUGUCAUCUUUGUGCUGGACAGUAUCAACAGAUACCGACUUGAAGAGGCAAAGCACGAGUUAUUGGAAACCUUGAAGGAUGAACGUCUGACAGAGUGCCCUGUGCUUAUAUUAGCUCACAAGCAAGAUCUGACUAUGGCAAUGAAGCCUGACAAACUUACAAAGGAGCUGGGCCUUGGUUACAUUAAGCAGAAAUGGGCCAUUUUCCCAUCUUCAGCCAUGGAAUCAUUGAAGGGAAUACUGAAUGCUUUCGAGUGGUUGAGCGAUGCUUUGGAAUCCCGUGAUUUGAAGCAGAUCGUUGUGAAGCCCGUGGUCGAAACUGCUGAUGACGUGUACACUCAUAGGUCACUGGAACCAGAGGAACUGUAUCAAAACUUCUGCAGUUUUCACAAAUGAAGAAAUGGUUAUCAUCAAAUUGACACACACUACAUUCAGUCGGAGUAAAGACUGAGUUUCGGGAAUCAUUCUUGCUUGCGCAUUGCUUGUCACAUUUCACGACAUUGGCACAGUUGUUGUUGAGCUCAUAUCUACAGAUAUGCUACAUGUACACAAUUAAUGCUUCGGGAUCGGGAAUCUAGUAAUCCUCUGCUAUUUUAAAUAUAUGUUCUUAUGCUCCUUUGAGUGGCCUUUUUCCGCUUUUUCUACAUUUUGGAUGGUGCGAUUUUAUAGGGCAAGCUUCAAUUUCAUUCUGUAGUUAGAAAUUUGUGUGCUUUUCAGAAAAUGCAGGGGGGUACACUCUAGGCCAAACUUGAGAAAAGUUGUGUUUCACCGGCCAGCCUAUCAGCUGUUUGUAAAUUUCUGAAAAUUUCAUCAGUCAUCCCCUAUCAAAUUUGACUGGAUUUGUUUCAAGGAAUGAGGAAUACAAGGCGCAGAGCGUUUGGGGCUGAGGGCUU